CCUCCCCCCCUCCACAACGGUCAUGCCAUACCCAGCCCCCCAGGCCUGGGCACCUUCCUCCCAGGCUGACUCAUGGCCUGUGGUUAACAGUUCUCUCAUGGGCCUGGAAGGGCUUCCUCCAAAUCCGCCUCGACCGAAUGCUGCGCUGGGCUGCUCUGACCCUUCGACCUGCUGCACCUGCUCCCUGCCGCAGAUCAUGAGUGUCUUGCUGUUCAUCGAGCACUCCGUGGAGGUGGCCCACGGCAAAGCCUCUUGCCGAUUCUCCCAGACAGGCUACCUCAGGAUUGCCGACCUGAUCUCCAGCUUCCUGCUCAUCGCCAUGCUCUUUGUCAUCAGUGUGAGCCUGCUGGUCGGCGUGGUCAAGAACAGGGAGAAGUACCUGCUGCCCUUCAUGUCCCUGCAAAUCAUGGACUACCUGCUGUGUCUGUUCACCUUGCUGGGCUCCUACGUGGAGCUGCCUGCCUACCUCAAGUUCAUCUCCCGGAGUCGGUCUCACCCCUCCAAGGUCCCACUGUUGACCCUGCAGCUGCUGGACUUCUGCCUGAGCAUCCUGACCCUCUGCAGCUCCUACAUGGAAGUGCCCACCUAUCUCAACUUCAAGUCCAUGAACCACAUGAAUUACCUCCCCAGCCAGGAGGGAAUGGCGUAUAAUCAGUUUGUCAAGAUGAUGAUCAUCUUCUCCGUCGCCUUUAUCACCGUCCUCAUCCUGAAGGUCUACAUGUUCAAGUGUGUGUGGAGAUGCUACAGACUCAUCAAGUACAUGAACUCAGCCACGGAGAAGAGCAGCUCCAAGAUGCUGCCGAAGGUGGUCCUGCCAUCCUACGAGGAAGCUGUGUCUCUGCCAACCAAGACUCCGGAAGUGGGCCCAGCGCCUCCCCCAUACUCUGAGGUGUGACAGCACCAGGCCCCAGCGCUGGUGCUGGGGGGCGGCAGAGCUGCCUCGCAAUCUACUUCUUUGCUUUGGUGGCCCCUGUGGCCUGGGUGGGCCACCCAGCCGACUUCAGGACAAUCUGCUUGUGUACCCCUCGCUGGCCUGCUUUUCCCGUGGGGCCUGGGAGAUGCUUACAGUUGGGUCAACCCUUUAGGCUAAAUGACUCCCUGGGUCUCUCAAAGGUUCAGUUCAACAUGUGGCUUAUUUUGAUCAGCUCUGACAUUUGUUUAAACAAUUGGUCAUUCUAAAUUCAUUGAGUUUGGUUAAAAAAUUACAGAUUGACCAGUUUAACCAAGUGGCUGACAAAUAAAAAAGAACACACUUGUCAGUUCAGUAAAAUAACUUGGUCAAACUCCAAUGGGUCAUUGCACUGGUUUAUAAAUUCACAGAGUAAUUUAGUGAAGUAAUUAUCAAUUAGUCCUCCCCACCAAAUCCAUAUGUUCAAUUUCUCCAAGUCGCUUGCUUAAAUAAUUAUCAAGUCAGCCAACCCAGUUUGCUUAGAAUAGGGAUUAAAUUCAGUAAUUAAAAAAAACUAGAUUAUGCCCCAAACCAUGCAAUUCAAUCCAAUCCAAUAACUGGCUGCCCACUCUGGUCAAUUUAGAACUUCUCAGUGGCUGAAUAAUUGGUAAUUCAAAUGAAAACUCAUUGAGACGUAGCCAAACCAUCAUUCAACAGCUAGUUCCAGGAACUAACAGUAGUUUUAAUCAUCACACAGUUCCUUUGGACACACAUUGUUUGGCUUAAGAGUUGUCAUCGUCAGUGAUCAGCCACAUGUGGUUGAAACAUCCACGUGUGGUCAGAGCAGUCACAGCAGUAGACUUCGUGCAAUGGGUCCCUCAACUACGGUCAUCUCAAGUAACGGGUCAUCAGUCCAUUCCACCACGCCGUUCAGCCAUCGCCAAUUUGGUUGUAAGUGACCCGGUUCUGCCCGAUGCUUGUGGUCAAGCAGAAAUUCAGCCUUGAAAUCAGGCAAAUCUAUUUGUUGGACUAAAUCCACAGGUUAAUUCAGUCAAAACAGGCACACCUUUUGUGGGUGCAAACCUUGCCACGGGGGCUGGUGGUGUUGGUGCCGUAGGGAAGAUUUUGGUCCCAACACCCCCUCUUUUGCUUGCUUCCCUGAGGAUUGGGGUUCCUGAGGCAGCUGACCCAAAGGUGGCAAUAGGGCCACGGAGGCAGGCUCUCUGGGAGUCUAUUAGGGGGUACAGAGGGAGAGGGCUCUGCAAGAGGCUCCCCGCCAACACCCGCUCACAAAAUUGCUUUGUGUUUGACGGGGAAGAUGUUUCAAUAAAGCAGCAACAUGCUUCUCUCUGGCUGAUGUGGUUCCUCGACUAUGGA